UAACGCUCUGAUAGAAUGGAAUGCAGGAAAUGAAUUAUGCUUGCAGGCAUUUAGAGAGGAAACUGUAGAUUAAUUUCUUUCAUAUUCGAUAGCAACAACGCAACGUAUACGUUGUUACCUAUUGAGAGAUACUAGUUUAAAAAUGUGUACAUCAUUUUCUAAAACAUGAGAGACCGAAGGAAUGCAGGGCAUAUGGACCGAAUCCUCGUUUUACUUGUACUUUUACCUCCAACAUUUGCUUCAUACGGUUCAGGCCAUUCUUUGUGGUUGUUUUCAACUUACAUUCAGGGAGAAACACAAUUUCCUGAAUUUAGUUACGCAACAACUUUGGAUGACAUCACAGUUGGAUAUUAUAAUUCAGAGACAUAUAUUCCAAGAGGGAAUACGACGAAUGAGGAUGAUGUGGUUAAUUCAGAUUACAUAAAGGGUAUAAGUGACUACAUGUAUGGUUCCUUUUUGAGAAGAUCAAAACUGUUAAGGAAAGACAGCCAAAAUGACAGUCUUGAUGUUUAUCAGACACUGGUUGUCUGUGAGCUGCUGGACCUUAACAAUACUGGAAAGAUGCUUACAAAAGAUGCGGCCAGAGGCUGCACCACAGAUGAGCUCUGUUACUUUAACAACACGUUUACUUAUAAAGUGAUUAUAAAUAUUUCACAAGAUAAGCUCAAACCUCACCUUGAAGAAUUCAAACUGAAAUAUAAGAAGUUCUAUCAACCAGUUUGUAUAAGAACUCUCAAGAAAUACCUUGAAAAAAGACAAAAUGAAGUAAAUAGAAAGGCAGCACCAAAUAUCAGAUUUUUUCAGAAAGCAAACUCAGAUUCUGGAGGGUUUCGUGUGAGUUGUUUGGCGACAGGAUUUUACCCUCGUCACAUCAACCUGACCCUGUUCAGAGAUGGACAGCCUGUAUCUGAUCAUGAGAUCACUGGAGGAGAUCUGCUGCCCAAUGGUGACGGGACGUACCAGAUGAGGAAGAGUCUGGAGAUCAGUGCAGACAAACACAAAUACACCUGCUCUGCCACACACCUCAGUCUGGACAACAAACUGGAUGUUGAAUUAGAAUUUGAUCCUGGUGUCCCAUUUAAAUCAGUGAUUCUCCCAGUGCUGAUAGUUUUGGCUCUGAUGUUGGUGUUUGGGGCUGGAGUCGUCUUAUAUAAAUACAGGAGGAGACGAGCAGGCAGGACAAGAACUGAAAUGAAUGUGCCUUCAUCAAACUGUGAUUAUUCUGCUGCUUCUAAUGCUGAUAAUGGUUUGCCAUCUGAAGACAUCAAUCCAUUUUCUUAAUCCAUUUUAGACCAUCGCAUGGAGGAAUAAUAAUCUCAGAUUUGUUUAUUUACGCCAUCUGAGCCAAUGCAAUAUUUGCUUUUAAUAAGCUAUGAGAUUUCCAAUUGAGAUUUAUAUGUAAGAUGAGAGAAUAACACCAACAGCAGACUGUUUCUCCUUAAAGUGUAAAUAAAAAAAAAUUAAAAAUAAAUUAAAGAAGUGAUUCACAGGAUACAGUUUUGUUAAUGUAUAUUUUAUAAAACAUAAAACCAAAACAAAAUGGCAUUGCCUCAUCCAUACUCCAAGAUUUGGGAAACUCCAAAACGUAGGUUUUAAAGAAAUUCUUUACAUUACAGUGUAUGUAUAGUAUUUUAUUGUUAAAAUAAGUAUUUGUUAUGUUGCUGGGUCUAAUAUUGUUACUAGAUUGUGCUUGCUGUUUUGCAUUGGUGUUUUCUUUUGGGAAUCUGUGUAGCUAUAUAAUGUGCCUGUGUCAUGUUUUAUUUUUGUAUUUUUAUUGAUUUCUUGAUUGCACUGGAUGACGGGGGUACUAAGAGUGUACAUAUAAAUUAAAGAUUUUGAUAUUUUGUUUAAA